AGUUCCUACCAGGGGCGGACUGACCAUUUGGAAACUCGGGCACUGCCCGAGGGCCCUGGGUCAGUAGAGGGCCCCAUGAGAUGCCCCUGGUACCUUUUUCAUAGGCUUUUUUGAGUUUGGGCAAGGACACAGGGACCCCAUGAUCCCCUAUUACCCAGGGGCCCAAUGAGUUGUCAGUCCGCCCCUGGUUCCUACACAAACACAGAUAUCAGUGCCUGAUAGCUGCAGAUUAAAUCACUGUCAAUUGUCCCAGUCAGUGCC